AUGUCCAGUGCUUUUCACAUAGUGCCUCAUCAUCCAACAUCGGCUUCUCCAUUGCAGUUUGGUCGACAAUACCCGUCGGCCCAUCCAUCUCCGACACGGGAAGAUCCCGGCUAUCAUGCAAAUCAGGAACCCUCGGGAGCAUCACUAGCAUCGUCUUCCGGGCGCCCUCCUUACAGGCCCAGCACUACCGACGACGCGGUCCCCGACCCCAACGCUCCAAUGAGCUCCCGCGCCGCCGUCGCCUCGCCGGCGACAAUGCCAGUGAUUUCAGCAACAGAUCCUUCGGAACUACAGUUCGCGGACCGAAGGCGUAACAUGCCGACCGCCGUCCCUCCGCGGACAUCGAGUUCUCGGCGGACCCAACCUAGCGAGCGCUCCGCUGACUCGUCCCGCCGAACCCAUGCCGAUUCCAGCCGCGACGCGAAUGGCAGGAUAGAUCCGUCGGAGCAGAGCUCCCGCAAUCGACGCACCACCCAAUCUUCACAGGAUCAAUACGGGGCAAAUGGGGCCCGCGAUGCUCGUGGGAACCCCUCAACGACAGCCCCUGUCCGCUCACCGCCUCCGAACGCGCAUUCGACUAACGGGCCGUCGAGAGAGGCGAGCGAGAUUUUGAACAGCAUCUUGAUUUCUCAGCCCGAAGUUGAUAUCGAAAGGGAGAAGGAGCGCCUUGCCCUGGCCCAACCGCACCAGGACGCGGGCCUGCAGGACGAUGACGCGGCGGCGCCCCCCGUGGUUGCCAUGGCCGACCCCGCGGAUGAGACGAGGCGUGGCGGGAGAAGUCGGCACGAUCACACGAGACGCGAAAAACAGACCAAGUUUGGCGAGUUCAUACUAGGAAAUACAAUUGGCGAGGGAGAAUUCGGGAAAGUCAAACUUGGCUGGAGGCAAGAAGGUGGUGUGCAGGUCGCCAUCAAACUCAUCAAAAAGGACCAGCUGGGCGGAAACCCCUCACGUAUGGCCAAGAUCAUGCGCGAGGUGGCCAUCUUGAAGCAGUUAACACACCCCAAUAUUGUCCGGCUCCAUAAGAUGGAAGAAUCAGACAGGCACUACGGAAUCGUGCUGGAAUACGCCUCCGGGGGUGAGCUGUUCGACUACAUCCUGAACCACCGAUACCUGAAAGACAACGCCGCACGGCGGUUAUUUGCCCAGCUUGUGUCCGGGGUGGGCUACCUGCACAAGAAGGGGAUAGUGCACCGCGACUUGAAGCUCGAGAACCUUCUGCUCGACCGUAACCGCAACAUCAUCAUCACAGACUUUGGGUUCGCUAACACGUUUGACCCGCACGAGGAGCUGAGUGAGGAGGAAGAGCUGAACUUGACGGAUCGCGAAUUCGUCAAGCGCGUAGGACUGGACAAGGUCAAGCCGAACGGCUCACGAAAGGGCGACUUGAUGCAAACGAGCUGCGGCAGCCCUUGCUACGCAGCGCCAGAGCUCGUAGUUAGCGACUCGCUAUACACUGGAAGAAAGGUGGAUGUCUGGAGUUGCGGUGUUAUCCUGUAUGCGAUGCUUGCUGGAUAUCUUCCAUUUGAUGACGAUCCGGCGAACCCCGAAGGCGACAAUAUCAACCUUCUCUACAAAUACAUCGUCAACACCCCGCUAACUUUCCCCGAGUACGUCACUCCUCACGCGCGCGACCUAUUACGGAGGAUUCUCGUUCCGAACCCGCGCAAAAGAGCGGACUUGUUUGAGGUGGCACGGCACAGCUGGCUCAGCGAGUAUGCCCAUGUCGUCGAGUUCAUCACCUCGAGUACCACGAGCCCCAAGGAUAUCCAAAACACGACGGUGCCCCCAGAAGACGAGGAGAAUCCGGCCCUCGGGCGCAGCUCGUCAGUGCGGGAAUCAUCAAAGAAGACGGCCGUUUCGCCCACAAUUGGCGGUUUGGUGAGCAAGCAGGGCACUAUCGAUGCCGACGUCGAGGCUGCCGCGCAAGCCAAGCAGCAGAGGGACAGCAAACGUCGUACGGUGCAGGUGGAAUAUGUCGCGCCAAAUACGACCACACAACGUGGCGAAUCGUCAGGCACUCAAUCGUCCGGUGGUCGUACGCGUGCUCAUCCCGGGAGCCAAGGAGCUGUGGAGGCUGCCGAUGUUGGCACGACAUCAUCGCCCAAGGAGAAACCGGUAGCUCAGAAUCCCCAAGCUGGUGCAGACACGUACGGCAAACCGCCGGUCGCGUCGAGGAGGCCACCAAGCACUCACCGCAACCCGAACUCAUCAGCCGCAGCCGUCCGCGGUGGGCGCGAGGCACCUUACAUGUCGACGGUCCCAAGUUCCUCUUCCGCCAGGCCCGCAACCGGCGGUUCCAUGCAGUCGACUGGUUCCAAGGGCCCCGGAGCUGGCGCGAAACCCUCGUACAGUCAGCCGGUCCCUCCUGAGGUUGCGGAUACGAACGCCCACGGGAGGAUCCAACAACCACCACGGAGCGGCAGCAGCUACGGAAUUCCCUCUUCAACAUCACAACCCCAAUCUCAAGAGUAUGGGCGGCCCAGCACCACUCUACCUCCGAAAUUUGCCAGACUCUCUGGCCUUGGCCCCGAGACAGCCGAAGCUAGCCCUAGCGGCGCUCCAGGCGGGGAGGCCAAGGGCCACAAGCGAUCCAGCACAAUGGGCGAGAUUGGCGGCAAGCUCUUUGGUCGCAGCGGGUCGCUGUUUGGUGGUAAGAACCGCAAACGGGCAGAGCAGCAGCAACCAACCGGGGAGAAGGGAAGGAAAUAUCCGCCCGUCAGCAUGAACAAUUCCCUCUCGGGAGGCGAUGAAACCCGGCAGUCGAUGGAUUCGAAGCGCUCCCGCAGGUCAUUUUCCAUUGGCCUUGGCAAGAAGACGUCGGGCAGCAUCAACAGCUCGCAGAAAUCCCAGGAGAAGCACGCGAGGCGCUUCUCAUUCAUCCCGGCAUCUUUCUCGCUCAAGGCGAUCGGGAUUGGCAAGGAUGACCCGCAGCUCGAUUCACAACAGGAUCUACCUAUCCAGGAACCCCCGACUGCUGAUCAGUACGGUCGGUACACAGACCAGGACUUGGCUCACGAACAACAUGUGGAUGCGUCCACCCUCGAUGGCAUGUACGCACAGCUUCACGACGAAUCCCGCACCUCGAUCGACCCAUAUGGGCGUCAAGAACAAUAUCCCGCCAACGGGUACAGCCAUCCGUCUGCCAGCCAAGGUUAUGUGCCGGCCCCGCUCUUAAGCGGCGGCUCGGAUGGGUCGGUGGACAACAUGCGACGACCUGCCGGAUCGGCGCCGCAGCUCCCGCAGCUUUCUCACCUAGACGGGGGCUUCGACGGGCGUAGGGUUCCUGGCGGCGGUAAAGCCGGCCGCGGCGUCCUGCAAAAGAACAAGCGAUUCGUCGAUGCAUGGGACACCGACUCCUACUCGCGCGGCCACGACCACUCCGGCAGCAGCGGUCCAGCGAGGAAAGUUAUGGACUUCUUCCGGAGGAGAGGGAAGGCCAGGGGUGGCGAGGCCGGUUGA